UCAGAAUUAUUGAUUCUUCGAAAGAAAAUGGAAAACAUUAUCAUAAAUUUAUUUGGACAAUUAUUACAAUUGAAUCAACAACGUAUUAAUAAUUGGAAUAAAAUUCAACAAUUACAAGGUUCAUGGAAUACAUUUAAAUUAUCACUUUUAGAUCCGGCAUUUAAAGAUUCGCAAAGUUUUUCCAAUGAAUUUCAAUCCAAAAUUGAUGAACUUUAUGUUUUAGAAUUUAAUGAUGAUCAAAUGGAUUCAUUAGCUAUUAUAGGUGAUAUGAUUGACAAAUUGAAUCCAGAAAUUGAUGAUUUCGAUGAAAAGAUACGAAUCACAAUACAAAACUGUCAAACAAAUCGAUUAGUUCGUAAAAAGAUUAUCGAUUUGUUACGAAAAAAAUUUAAUGAUUCCAAUUCGACAACUGUUGAUAAUAAUAAUAAUGUGAUUAAUGAAACAUUGAUGAACAUCGACGAUCAUGAACCACAAACAACUUCGAAUGGAUCAACACAAAUUGAACCAUUGACCACAACAAUCGAAAUAGCCGAAUCAAAUUCUAUAAGUGAUAAUGGUGAUCAGCUUCCGCUAAUAACAAAUCAUCGUUCUAAUAUUCAAAAUAGACCCAAUAGACGUCAUCAAAGUAAUCAACAAUUUUAUCAAGGAAAACGUCGAUAUCGUUGUCCAGAUUGUAAACGUUCAUUUCGUAGUAAUCCAAAACGUAGAGAUCAUCAAUCAAAAUGUCAUUGAUCGAAAUUAUUUAUUUAUUCAUUUUUGUUAUCAUGUUGCUCAAAAAUGU